AAAAACGUCAAAAACAACAACGCUCUCAUUUGCAACAAGCCGAAGAGAUGCUGAAUUCUACAUUCUUCACAGAGAAUCAAAGUUUCCCAACUAACCUGUCACGCCCUGCCUUGGAGUGCGCCAACACGUCAAACUCCUGGCACACUGCUUGCCAGCACUGCUUUUUCACUGGUAUUAAAUACGACRAUCCAUUGGGUGUGUACUUUGAUUUACAGCCCGUAUUUCAUGCCAUGACAUUCAUACUCUCACUUGUUGGGCUGCUGGGAAAUUUCUUGAUUGUUUUAACGGUUUUGACGCAUAUCCACAGCAGUAAUAUGUCAGACGUGUUUCUGUUCAAUAUCGCUGUCGCUGAUAUGUUAUAUUCUGGUGUUAGUAUCGUUGGCGAGUGCUUUUCGAUGUUUCAAGACCCUAAAAGUCUUCAAGAGUCUUGUGUCAGCCAGCCAUUGAAGAGCCUGCGUGUAUUGACCUUCACGGUUUCCAUAGCUUCGCUCACCGCGUUAAGUGUAGGCCGUCUACUCGUCUCCACGAGUUAUCUCAUCACGGAUAAUACUAAAGCUCUACUUCUGGUUCUGUUAUGGACCUGUUGCCUAGCAAUCACUGUACCACUGGGAUUCUGCACCGAUAGCAUCGAGUUACCGUACUCUACAGCUUUGGCAAUUCUUAUCCUCGCCCUACCCCUCCUAGUUAUCGCCUUGGUAAAUUUCCGCAUUUGGAAGUCUGCUAAGAUGCAAGUAGGGCCUCYUCACUACGAGGUCCGGUAUAUUCAGACCGUUGUCAUGGUAUCUGGAUUGUUGACUGCUCUAUUGGUGACCUGGUUUCCAUAUUUGACGGUGUCCAUUUUCCCACAAGUCUUUGGGGCCGUUAGUACGUGUCAUGAGUAUGGAAAUGUCCUCGUAACGUUAGAUGCAGUCAGUGUUGUAGUGUUAUUCAACCCAGCUGUGAACCCAGUCCUCUUUGGCGUUUUCUCUAAGAAUUUUCGGCAGGGAUUGAAACGGAUCUUCCGGUUUCUAUGUAGUUGCUUCUUCGAGCCGCUAUAAAAUCACCUGGUGUACAAUUUCCUGACAUGGUAAAGGCUGGACUGGAGUGAUCCCAGCUCAAAGCUGUUGACMUUGUGACAGUGCGUCUUUUUUAGCAUGAGAUUGUGGGGAUGAAACCCCAACAUGUCAAAACAGUGCUGUAGCCCCGCGGCCUAAGAGGCAGAGGGGUCCCAGUUCCCCCUWAGAAUAAUGAAGCUAACAAGCAGAGCCGGCAAAAACUGAAGAAUGGACAGAAUUAAAAUCAUAUUCAUUUAGCUGGUGGAUGUUAUCACUAAGCAGCUUCACUACCAAAAGCAACUGAUUCGUUCAAUGUGCUCUGAUCCAUAUACUUCUAGCAAAUAGAAAAUAGCAGUAAAAUUAGUAAGCCUUUUAGCCAUCAAGUGUGAUGCGGCCGUGCAGUGAAGUCCGACAAUAAUAAUGAGAAAUGGACGGGAAUAACCCUUACCCUUUUGAUUUUACAUACCCUACCC